UCUUUCUUUUCUCUUUCUACCUAAUUUCUCUCUCUCUCUCUCUCUCUCCUGUCUUUGUCUUGAUUCUGAUGCGAAUGGUUAUUGCAGAAACCCCAACCCUCGCUCAAUCACCCUCCUCCUAGAUCGAGUCAGGCAGGGUAUCCUAUUUCAUCUGGAGACCUGAGAUGGUAAAUCGGUAACAGAAUGAUGGUGGCAUUUUAAGCUGAUUUAUAGACUUUGCCCUCUGGUUCCAUUGGAUUUUGAACCAUUUUUAUGAUGGGCAAAGCGCGGCAAUAAUUAAAGUCAGAUGAAAAUCAAGGAGAUUUUUGUUGGCAAAGAGGCUGAAGUUAUUUCAAAUGGCUUUGAAGUUUAUAGCAAUUUCGGCGGUUUCUACUGUGUUAAGCUUUGUGGGUUUGCAGUUUUUCACAGACUUGUCUUUGGAUAAACUGAAAUCAGAUGGACUUAUAGGAUGGAAUUUAAUUCACUUGGACAAUGACAACCAUGACAUUGAAGUGUCUUUAGAUCUUUACACCUCCAUAGGGCUACUGGUUAAUUGCAUGAUCAAUGUAUUUAUCCUUAUCAAUCUUUGUCUCAAGGCUGUGUUCUUCACAGAGUUGUAUCCUUCAGAAACUCGUAAGCUGAUUGAACGUCUCAUUAAUUAUGUUAUUUACAAGGGGACAUUUCUACCGCUAAUUGUGCCACCAACAAUUUAUCAGGCGGGUCUUUGGACAGCUUGGUUGGCUGUGCUUUGUUCUUUAAAGAUGUUUCAAGCUUUGGCUAGAGAUCGUUUGGAGCGGUUGAAUGCAUCUCCAUCUGCUACACCUUGGACAUAUCUUCGUGUAUAUUCAGCAUUGUUAUUUGUUUUCUUGGUUGAUGUUCUCUGGAUAAGGUUUUGUCUGGCAAUAUAUAGAACACAUGGGUCCUCUAUGUAUCUUUUACUAUUCUUUGAGCCUUUCAGUAUUACUUUUGAGACCUUACAGGCCAUUUUGGUACAUGGGUUUCAGUUGCUUGACAUAUGGCUUCAUCAUUCAGCUUGCAAUAGCAGUGAUUUCCGAACGCCUAAACUGCUUGACACGUUAACUGCAGGUUCAUUAUUGGAAUGGAAGGGAAUUCUUAUUCGGAACUUGGGGUUUUUCCUUGACAUGGCAACAUAUUUUAUGGCACUUGGCCAUUACUUGUAUAUAUGGCGGCUUCAUGGCAUGGCUUUCCAUCUUGUAGAUGCAGUGUUGUUUCUAAAUAUACGUGCUUUGCUUUGUGCAAUAAUAAAUCGCAUAAAAGGCUUUAUUAGGCUAAGGAUAGCUCUAGGAGCGCUUCAUGCAGCUCUUCCUGAUGCCACGACCGGGGAGCUAAGAGCAUAUGAUGAUGAAUGUGCUAUUUGUAGAGAACCCAUGGCUAAGGCUAAAAAGCUAAACUGUAAUCACCUCUUCCAUCUUUCAUGUUUGAGAUCUUGGUUGGAUCAAGGCCUGACUGAGAUGUAUACUUGUCCAACAUGCCGAAAGCCACUGUUUGGAGCCGGGCCUGAAAAUGAAACAAACUCCAAUACAGGGGCAAUAUCUAGUGAUGAGCAACUUGCACGUCAAAUAAGUGCAGGACUUGAUCGGCCGAACUCUGCUACUAGACAUAACAUGCCUACAGGGUUGUAUCCAAAUCAGACACUAAACACUGCUGAAGGUGUUCCUUGGAGGGGUGCAGGACUGGACUCAGGUUGGUUGCAUUCUUGGCCAAAUCAGGGUGUUGAUGGAGCUGGUCCUUCUACUGCUAUCAGAACAGUUGGAUUGGGCAGAGUUCAAAUGAUGAUGAGGCAUCUUGCAUCUGUUGGGGAAACCUAUGCUCAGACUGCCUUUGAAGAUGCUUCUUGGAACCUUUGGCCCAUUAAUCCCUCUCAGGCUUCUGCAAGUGGUUCCAUUCCUUCCCCUGGUGGAAGAUUGGCAGGAGGAACUGGUAGUUUACACAUAAGGACUGCUUCAAAUUCUGCAAAUGAUAACGUGGCGAAUAUACUUGCCAUGGCUGAGACUGUUCGGGAGGUUCUACCUCAUAUUCCUGAUGACAUAAUAUUCCAGGAUUUGCAGCGGACAAAUUCAGUCACAGUUACUGUGAAUAAUCUUCUCCAAAUGUGAUGUGUUAAGGUAUUGUUUUGCUCAUCGAUGGUUAUGAAGAAUCAAGGACUUAGAGCUACACUUUUCCUUGGAAAAGCAUAGGCUUCAUUUUAUGUAUAUAGAGUCAGCACAUUUAAUCUGUUGUACUCAAGGAAGAUAGCAGAAAAUAUAGGCCUUUUCUUUCUCUUCUCCUUGAAUCUGUAGCGAAAUAAAUAUGGUGUAUGUUCCCAAGCUGGGCAAGUUCCUUCCCGUCAUUGUACCCUUUAAAUUGUAAUUCUGAAUCUGCUGCUACUCCAAAAUAUGCUAUAAUUUCUUUUCCAUUCCCCACACCAUUUUUGUGGGGGUUGGCACAGAGAGAGAAAGAUCUAGGUACUCCGACUUCAGGGGUAUCAAUUAUCUUCAAGUGACUCAGUUUUGGACGUGCAAGUCUGCAGAAUCUAAUCAAAUAUAAUAAAAAUUUAUAU